GUUGAAGCAGGUCUGUUUACAACGGACGUAUAACCGGAACACCAUCGGCUGCUUCCGCUCAUUUUGUUUUGAAUCCAUUUGAAGCCCGUCUGGCGGACUUGUCGCCAUGUCCACACUGUUCCCUUCGUUAUUUCCCCGGGUUACCGAGUCCUUGUGGUUUAACUUGGACCGUCCUUGUGUGGAUGAGACUGAACUGCAUCAACAGGAGCAGCAGCAUCAGGCCUGGUUGCAGAGCAUUGCUGAGAAGGACAACAAUUUGAUGCCCAUUGGGAAACCUAUUUUUGAGCAGCCGGGCUACGAGGAGGAAGAGGAAGAGGAUGAUGAGGACGAAGAAGACACAGAGGAGGACUCUGAAGAUGAGGAAGACAUGCAGGACAUAGAUGAGAUGAAUGACUACAACGAGUCACCAGAUGAUGGCGAAAUCAAUGAGGUGGACAUGGAGGAAGCAGACCCAGACCAAGCCCAGUGGAUGAUUUAAGACAAAAAGUUGAUGGCGGUGACUGACUAUUUUGAGGCUUCAACACAUGCUAGUGUGAUGAAAUAAGUUGGCAGUCAAGUUUUUUUUUUAACCGCCUCAUCAGUUUUAACGCUCUGGAAGGAAAUUGCUACGAAAUGUGCAGCUCACACACACGCUGACAAUUCAUGCCUGCUCUAGUCAUUGUCGCAUGACUGCAGUAAACAUUCCUUCCGUGCCUGAGAGCAGAGUGGUCAAGCUAUCCUCGUGUUUGAGCAUAAACGUUGACCCUGUCAUGUGCGUCAUCUGGUAGCGAAUGAAACCGCUGAUGCGGCACAAACUGCUGUGCACACAGCUCCACUGGAAAUUCCCACUGCAUUUAAUUCAGGUAACAUAUAGGAAAGCUAGUCUAUUUAGUGUUUUUUAUUUAAAUCCAUAAAUAUUUUACCUGAAGAGACUCUUCAGCAGGCUCCGGCUAAUGUUUCUGAAAAUUAUUUUUGAUACUUUGUGUUUAAAUAAAUAGAGGCGAUUCAUGUUUGUAAAAAUAAAUUGAUUUCAAUUUGUUAUAUUCUGCUUGAGGUGUUGUUGAUUUUCAGGAGUAGAUCAGAAAUUGAAAGUCUUUUUAUUAUUAUGAUAACCAGUCAGUGGAUUCCCUGGUACACAAGUUCUGCCAUCCCAUCUCUGAUGCCCUUGCUGUACUCCAGUGUUGCCCGAUGAAUCUUCCACUCAUAAAGACCAGACUUGCGGAUGUGCCUAAGGAAUUUCGGGGCACCAGGAAAGAGCACAUUGUCUGCUAAAAUGAUAGAUCCUUUUCCCAACAGACCAGAUCCUUCCAGCAUCUGUAAAACAGAAGCAAAUUGUUUAUUUCUUAUUUAUCUUCUGACAAAACAAUAAAACUGAUCCUGUAUUACCUUAAAUUUUAAGAGCCUUGAAAGAGCAAUACGUUGAUCUUGU